GACUCUCUACAUAACGACCACUUUAACGCCCGACUCAUUACCGGUGACGCCACUCAGACGUACGCCAGAACUGGUUAUUUGGGUUUCUUGAGGCGAACCGAAUCGGUUCAGGCGGACGGAGAACUACACGACGCCAUCUUCAUAGUGGGCUCUUUGGAUGAAACGAUUACAUUGAGAGGUCUUCGUUACCAUCCCAUAGACAUUGAGAACAGUGUUAUGCGAUCUCAUAAGAAAAUAUCCGAAUCAGCUGUGUUCACGUGGACUAACCUCUUGGUAGUGGUGGUCGAGUUGGACGGCAAUGAGAACGAAGCGUUAGAUUUGGUUCCUUUAGUAACUAAUGUAGUCUUAGAAGAACACCACCUGAUAGUAGGCGUUGUAGUAGUGGUCGAUCCCGGAGUGGUUCCCAUUAACUCCAGAGGAGAGAAACAACGAAUGCAUUUGCGCGACGGUUUCCUCGCAGACCAAUUGGACCCGAUUUAUGUGGCGUACAAUAUGUGAACAUGUGAUCAGUUUUUUAAAUGUUUUGUUAUUUUUAAGUUUUUAUAUUACAAUUUAUAUGACAUUCCGAUUACUUU